CGCAUGCACACACACGCUUAUUUAUAUUCAUAGGCAUACUCAUAGGGACUCAUUUUGUCCAAGUCCCUGAAGAUGUUGCUCUUCAUCUUGCUUUUGCUCUUCAUUUUCAACCCAUCUUUGAACCUAAAAAUCUGCUCCUUCAACGUGAAGUCUUUUGGAGAAACCAAAAUAGCCAGACCUGAAGUCGUUGAUGCUGUGGUAAAGAUCAUUUCUCGCUGUGACAUCAUGUUGCUGAUGGAAAUAAAGGAGAACAAGAACCGGGUUUGUCCUCUCCUGGUGGAGAAGCUCACCAGUCAGCUGAAGGAGCCGAAGGAGGAAUACAGGUGUGUGGUCAGCAAGAGGCUGGGAAGGAAGAGCUACAAGGAGCAGUAUGCCUUCCUCUACAGGCAACAUCUGGUAUCAGUGAAAGAAACCUACCAGUACCCAGACACUCAGCCUGGGGAUGAGGAUGCCUUCUCCAGAGAACCCUUUGCCAUCUGGUUCCAGUCUCCAAAAACUGAUAUCAAAGAGUUUGCUAUAAUCCCUCUGCACACCACACCAGAGACAGCAGUACGGGAGAUUGAUGAGCUCUACGACGUGUAUUUAGAUGUAAAACAGCGCUGGAAAACUGAGAACUUCAUCUUCAUGGGGGACUUCAAUGCUGGAUGUAGCUAUGUUCCCCAAAAGCAGUGGAAAAACAUUCGGCUGAGGACUUACUCUGAAUUCGUUUGGCUCAUCGGUGACAAAAAUGACACGACGGUGAAGAAAAGCACAAGCUGCCCGUAUGACAGGAUCGUGGUCAAUGGGCAGAAGCUCGUCGGUGCCAUCGUGCCGCGCUCUGUCAACAUCUUUGAUUUCCAGGAGGACUUUCAGAUGAGCGAGGAGCAGGCACUUGGGGUGAGCGACCACUUUCCUGUAGAGUUUGAGCUAAAAGCAAAAGGUGGCUUCUUCAACUGGCUGAAGUCCAAGUUUUCAAGGAAAAGAAGACCAAGAAAGAGCCGCCACUCAAGGUCAUGAGCAUGCUGAGUACUCUCAGGUGGUGUGGAUGGACACAGAGGCCAGCAAGUGGGAGUGGAAGACAAGUGUAGAUAUACUCACAGCAGGUGCAAAAAAAACCUGUGAAAUGCUUUGUUAAAGUUGAAAGAUUUUGGGUAAGAAGGCAAAUUAAACCUUCAGGUUACUUUCCUCAUUGUAUGCAGAAAUAAAUCGGCUAGAACUAUUGUGUUUACUGUCCUGAAGCUAAAUGUAAGGAGCUGCUGUGAGGGUAAAAUGCUUUUGUGUGCUUUAUCUGUCACGCCUCAGGGGCAGAGAUCUCCAGGUGUUCAUGCAGGCUCUGGAGCUCUCAUGUGCCUCUGCAGGGGCAGGAGAUUAAAAGGACCUUUCUGUAU